CCGGGUGAUUUUGACGGAAUUACACAAGCAGACUUCAGGUGUCAGUAUGUCAGACAGUAUCAGCACUGAGGAGAUGGAGGAGAUCAGUCAGGGCUUCCAGAAAGUGGAUUUGGAUAACAAUGGGUACAUCUGUGCCUCUGAACUCGGAGAUCUCUUCCGUGAGGUGGGCUGCCCUUUACCUGGAUACCAAAUCAGAGAGCUCCUGCAGAGGCUGGACCGAGACAAGGACAGCCGCAUCAAUCUUGAUGAAUUCACCGCUAUUUACAAGGAUAUGAAGGACGAUCGCUUGGCCCAGGGUUUCAGGAAAGCCCUCAACAAGAAAGAAGGCAUCGUAGCCAUCGGUGGCACCAGCGAGAUCUCUAGUGAAGGAACUCAACAUUCAAUCUCUGAGCAGGAGCGCUACGCCUUUGCCAAUUAUAUCAACUCGUCUUUGAAGAAUGAUCCUGACUGCAAACAUGUGCUGCCCAUCGACCCCAACACUGGAGCUCUGUUUAAAGCACUGGCAGAUGGCAUUGUGCUUUGUAAACUCAUCAACCUCUCUGUUCCCGACACCAUCGACGAGAGAACCAUCAAUAAAAAGAAACUCACUGCUUUCACCACACAGGAGAAUCUGAACUUGGCUCUGAAUUCAGCCUCUGCCAUUGGCUGCCAAGUGGUCAAUAUCGGCGCUCAGGAUCUGAAGGAGGGAAAACCUCACCUGGUGCUUGGACUCCUGUGGCAGAUUAUCAAGAUAGGACUGUUCGCUGAUAUCGAGCUGAGCCGCAAUGAAGCUAUUGCGGCGCUGCUCGAGGAAGGGGAGAGUCUGGAGGAGUUGAUGAAACUCAGUCCUGAGGAGCUGCUGCUGCGCUGGGCCAAUUUCCAUUUAAAGAAAGUUGGCAUGACCCUAUCAAACUUUUCUGGAGAUAUCAAGGACUCCAAGGCAUAUUACCACCUGCUGGAGCAGAUUGCUCCAGAUGGCAGCAAAGAGGAUGCUCCCCGGGUUGAGAUUGAUAUGACUGGUAUUUAUGAGAAGGAUCUCACAAAGAGAGCAGACUGUAUGCUGAAUCAGGCCGACCGCCUCAAAUGCAGACAGUUUGUAACAGCCACUGAUGUCGUGACUGGGAACGCCAAGCUCAACAUGGCCUUCGUCGCCACGCUCUUCAACAAACACCCAGCUCUCACCAAACCAGAGAACCAAGACUGGAAUCUGGAGAGCGAGACCAGAGAGGAGAGAACUUUCAGGAACUGGAUGAACUCUCUCGGAGUCAGUCCACGUGUUCACCAUAUCUACGGUGAUCUGCAGGAUGCCAUGGUGAUUCUGCAGCUGUAUGAAAGGAUUAAGGUGCCCGUGGACUGGGACAACAGAGUCAACCACCCUCCAUUCAACAAAGUAGGAGGAGGACAUCUGAAAAAGAUGGAGAACUGUAACUACGCUGUGGAGCUGGGAAAGAAUAAAGCAGGUUUUUCCCUGGUGGGAAUUGGAGGACAGGACCUCUAUGAUGGAAAUGCCACUCUAACCUUGGCACUGGUCUGGCAGCUGAUGAGGAGGUACACUUUGAAUGUUCUUGAGGACCUCGGACAUGGAGAAGCUGCAGGAGAUGAUUUGAUCAUUUCAUGGGUCAACAAGACUUUGGCUGAAGCUGGCAAGAGUUCAUCUAUCAAAAGCUUUAAGGACAGGUCAAUUGCUACCAGUCUUCCAGUUCUGGACCUGAUUGAUGCCAUGCAGCCACAGAGUGUGAACUUUGAGUUGGUUAGAAAUGGAGAUCUGUCGGACGAAGACAAACUAAGCAAUGCCAAGUAUGCCGUUUCCAUGGCGAGGAAGAUUGGUGCCAAGGUCUAUGCCCUACCUGAAGACUUGGUAGAGGUCAACCCCAAAAUGGUGAUGACCAUCUUCGCCUGCCUGAUGGGAAGAGGCAUGAAUAGAGCAUAAACAAAUAUCCACUCACACACAUAUACGUACUGACUGACUGUCUUUGCCUGUUUGACUGGAUGGAACAUGAAGAGAAUGAACUUAGUUGUGUUGACUUAUUUACUUAAGAGGUUAUUCUGUGGUAGCCAAACAACUACACAAUGAGAAUUUGAAGGUUUGGGUUUUUUUCUGGAUCUUAGUUUUACUUUCGGGCAAGAUGCUGGCUGACAGUGUCACGUUAUGUAGGACACACUUUCCAUAAUGUCAUUGUGUUGGCAUUGGCCAUCUGUCCAGGGUCUGCCCAGUGCAUGCUGAUAUAGACUCCUGUCCACCUACAAUCCUGAUGAGAGACAAGUCUGUAAUCAAUACAGAUGAAUAAAAAGGUUCUGUUUCUUUCAAUGUAAAGGCUGUGAUACAUGGAAAACAUUCAAAGACAAUGAUAUUUCUAAGUCCUGUUGAAAGCAAAAAUUAAAAGUCGUGAUUUUCAUUCUUUUUUUUCUCAGCAUUUCAGUUUUCUACAAACACUUUUCAUUCAUUUUUAAUGAGGUUAUACUGCUUUGGUGCCUUUUUUUGGCCUGAUGAUAUCCUCCACAGUUUCCCAUGUGUCACAGCAUCAUGAUCUGCUGCCUAGGCUCUGCUGUAUCUUCCAAUGUGCCAGCUAGUUCACAGUAUGAAUAUUUAAUGUACUUAAGCCAUAAUAUUCUUUACUUAAUACCUUUUUGGCCUUCUUUAUAUAUAUAUAUGACCGAAGCUGUACUAGAUUACAGGCAGUUAAUAGGCAGCAUAUGUCUUCACGCAAGGGUCAUUAAAGCUGAAACCAUUCAUUUUUUUUGGCUUAAAAUUUAAAUAAUUUACAUUAUAAUGAUGAUGUGUCAGUGCCAUUUUAGUGGGUAAUUAAUAGAUAUGUGAUAUAAUUAAGUAUUUUAGAUGACCACUAGCACAGUUUAAGGACUUUUUAAAGUGUAAAAUGCAUAACAUUUUUAAAAAGCCAUAUAGUAGCUUCUAUACUAAAAACCAUCAAGAUUCCUUAAACUAUGCUGAUAAUUCAUUAAAAAAAGCCUUAUUAUAUUAUUAUCAAUCAUUAAUGUAUCCAUUAAUUGACACCACAUUUAAGGUAAAAUUUGUACCUUGAUUGCAAACUUAUGAUUCUUUUUAAGUUUAGAAUUUAGAAAGUAUCUGCCUCGUUUGUAUUUUAACCCCAGAUCUAGGAUAUAAAAUACCUGGAUCCCUGUCAUUCACUGGCACGUUAUAUUAGUCUGUCAUUUGAAAUUCAAGCCUAAACCCCAACCUUAUAAUUAUAAUUGAAACAUGCACCUUUCAUUUUAGAGAAAAAAUGUUAUUUUGUUGAUCUCGGCAGAAUUGUAUUUUCUACAUUUUGAACAUUGUGGAAAUGUAACGUGUCAAUGCUGCUGCUGCUUCCAUACGGACUCAAAACAACAGACUAUUAUGUUUGCAUUUCUUGUGAAGACCGGACCUCUCGUCAAUGCGCUGCUUUCUCCUCUGUAACCAAAAUGCUGCCUGGAGACAAUUCACAGACUAUGACAAACUGAACAUCUGAAUUUGAUGAGUUGAUGAUGUACGACUGAUCCAUCUAAACAGUGUCAAAGAACAUGAUUAAUGACUAUGUCUAUUUCUGAUUAUGUUAUCUUUUAAGUAUGAUUUCAGUUGUUAAAAGCACCCAAAGAUAGAUUUCUAGUAAUGUGAGCAUUGAGAAUAUGAUGAAUUAUUGGUUAAACACGUGGUGCUUAAAGUUGAUCCAGGUUUUCUGCUGCUGCUGCUGUUAACACUGUGUUUUCUUUUAUGCCAAUGAUUCCCAGUAAAGCAGGGAUAAGACAUUGCAAAUUGACAUCAAACCUCUUCUCUCAGACAUUAUACAGGUGUUGCUGUAUUGAAGAUACUCUUGAUCUUAAUGUGUGCAGUUAUGGUUGACUCAAUAAAUCUCUUUCAACCUUUGAAGAUGUGUGACCAACUGCAAAUGUUACCAAUAUACUGAAUGGAAGCAUUUUCCAAUCAGCUGUUUAUUUGAUGGUGAUUGGUCCUUUUAGAAAGCCAA